AUGCAAGAUCCACCUAAAACACCUGAUGAUUUGAGGCCAAAGUCUAAGAAGACCACCGCAGGAAUGGCAACAGGAAAAAGUCAGUGGAAGGAGGUGAUAGAAGCACUCAGUGUUCUCCAGUGGGUGCUCUCGUUCCUGUUCAUGGGAUUAUCAUGCGCUAUACUGAGCGUCUAUCUCAUGUUCACGUCUCUGUGGCCAUUGGCUGCAUUGUCCCUUCUGUGGCUGGCAAUGGACUGGCACACCCCUGAGAAAGGAGGCAGAGGAACCACGUUUGUAAGAAAAUGGAAAAUAUGGGAGCACUUCAGGGACUUUUUUCCAAUAAAGUUGAAAAAGACAGCAGAAUUGGGUCCAAAUAAGAAUUACAUUUUGGGUUGCCAUCCACAUGGCAUUAUGAGCGUUGGAGCUUUCAGCUGCUUCUCCACAGAGAGCUGUGGCUUCUCAGAGUUGUUCCCUGGAGUGCGCUCCCGUGUGGCCAUCCUGGCGGGGCUGUUCAGAAUCCCACUGUUUCGAGAGUACAUCAUGUGUGCAGGCCAUUAUCCUGUCAGCAAAGCCAGUCUCAUACACCUUCUUUCAAAGAGUGGCAAAGGUAAUGCAGUAGUGAUCGUCAUAGGGGGCGCUGCUGAGUCGCUCGCCUCAUCUCCUGGUGCCAACACAGUGGUUAUAAAGCAGAGGAAAGGAUUUGUCAAAUUAGCCCUGGAGUUUGGGGCGGACCUGGUGCCUGUGUACUCCUUUGGGGAGAAUGAACUCUUUAAGCAAGUGAUUCUCACAGAAGGCACCAUUGGCCGAACUAUACAAGAUCUAUUUAAAAAAAUCAUGGGCUUUGCUCCAUGUUUAUUUGUUGGUGAGAAAUGGGCCUUUCUUCCAUUUAGGAAGCCAGUCACCACUGUCGUGGGAAGUCCCAUUUCUGUGCCUAAACGUGUAUCACCCACAAACGAGGAAGUGGAUCAUUAUCACAAACUUUACAUGGAGGGUCUGACUAAGUUAUUUCACGAGCAUAAGGUCAGCUGUGGUCUCUCGGAGGGGCACAAGCUACUCCUCAUUUGA